AUGGUUCACAUCAAAGAAUUUGCCGUGGAGCAGUGGAUGGAUAGCCAUGAAACAUGGGCCACCCAUAACAUGGCAGAGACUUGCUGUGCUUCUGUAUCCCUGAAGGAUCUCGUUGCUUUUUCGGGCAAGAAUGAUCUCCUGGACAUUAUAGACUUUGAGCAAAAGCAGGUCUAUGGAGCCAUCCGGGGCUCCGAUCGCCUACGCUCUAACAUCAGCAAUCUUUAUAGACGCGAAGGAUACCCACCUUUACCCAAGGAUAAUAUCCUGGUGACGAACGGGGCGAUCCAGGCCAACUUCUUGGCUCUCUAUACCCAAGUUGGCCCCGGGGACCAUGUAAUCUGCCACUACCCCACGUACCAGCAGCUGUACUCAGUCCCAGAGUCCCUUGGAGCAGAGGUCAGCUUGUGGAAGGCGCAGGAGCGGAACGGUUGGCAGCUGGACUUGGAGGAGCUCAAAUCACUGCUCAGACCCAAUACUAAGAUGAUCAUUCUGAAUAACCCUCAGAACCCGACUGGUGCUGUUCUGCGCCAUCCGAUCCUGCAAGGGAUUGUCGACAUCGCCCGUCAGCACGGAAUCAUCAUUCAUAGUGACGAAGUGUACCGACCGCUGUUCCAUUCCUUACCGGACGAUGCAGAACAGCCCCCGUCGAUACUCUCAUUUGACUACGAGAAUACGGUCGCUACGGGAUCUAUGUCAAAGGCGUUCAGCCUAGCUGGAAUUCGAGUUGGAUGGAUCGCAUCCCCAAAUCGCGACAUCAUCAAAAAAUGCGCUUCCACGAGGGACUACACCGUCAUUGCCGUCAGCCAAGUUGAUGAUCGGAUCGCAACAUACGCCCUUUCAGAACCUACAGUGCACAAUCUUCUCGGUCGCAACAUUGAGCUUGCACGGAAGAACCUUGAAACUCUUGAGGAAUUCCUCGAGGAGUUUUCGUGGGCUGUGGAGUGGGUUCGACCCCAGGCUGGUACCACCGCCUUUGUCAAGUUUAUGAACAAGGUCGGGAAGCCUGUAGAUGAUGUGGAGUUUUGUAAGCAUCUACAGGAGCGGACCGGAGUCAUGCUUGUUCCUGGGAGCCGCUGCUUUGGGGAAGGAUCCGAAUUUAGAGGGUAUGUUCGCAUUGGGUUUGUCCCUGAGCAUCAGGUUGUGCUGAAUGGACUACGCGCGCUGAAGCGCUUCAUGGAAACUGAGUACGAGUGUCUUCCUGUUCAUAUGUGA